AUCUGAGUCUGAGAGGAAUGCAUCACCAAGCUGAGCUAUAAGAAGUGUAAGAGUCCUGAGUGAAGUCACCAUCUGGUCCACAUUCUCCUGCAGCACAGGUCUAAUCCAGUCAGCAGUCAUGAAAUUCUCCCUCAUUGUCGCCGUUGUCGUGCUCGCCCUGGCACAAGGAAGCUUUGCACAGGAGGCCUUCAAUCUUGACAACCUCAGUCAGUACUUUGAGGACCUGAGGAACAGAAUGCCUCAAGACCUGGGUGAGAUCAUCCGCAACCCAGAUCUGGUCAACCAGGCUCGGACUUUCUUGGAGGAGAGGAAAGCCCAGCUGGAGCCCCUGGCUACUCAGGUCCAAGAACAACUGAGGGCCGCUUCCACCAACGUGGAGGAGCAGCUCAAACCUCUGGCCACCCAGUUGCAGCCCAUGUUCGAGAACCUCCAGAGGCAGGUGGAGGCUAUGGUCCAGAAGAUGAGAGAGCAGGCCGCUGCCAUCAGCAACUAAAAGAAAACGAUCAGCUUCUCUAGCAGACCUGCCACCACAUCACCAUCUUUUGUCAUGGACUGAAUUCAUACAGUUGCUUGUGUUGGAUGGCUGACUUCACAUCAGGGAGCCUAAAAAUGUGUUUCAGUGCUUGUUAAUGUUUGACUGUUCCUCCUGUCACAAAAGCACAAAUAAAGAAAAAGACUUGAAACA